AUGGGCCUCAAAGGUGUAGGGAAACCGCCUCCAGGCGUUAUGGGUGAUGAGAAGACCAAGAACAAGCUCCGGCGCAAGAUGAACCAUGUGAAGCGCAAGCGUGCUAAGGACGCUGCGCGCCGAGAAGAGCGCUAUGCUUUCAAGAAGGAAGAAGCCAAGAAUCCCAAGCUCAAGGAGGAGCGUCUCAAGCGCAACAUUCCUCUGACCCUCGAACGAAAGCGAAUCUGGAACGAAGCCGACAACGACACCGAAGAAACUGGCCUCGGAUUGAGCGUUGACGUUGAGCGCAUCAAGCGCGCCAAGAAGGAAGAAGAAGACGAACUCAAUCGGCCAUUCGAAGAGGGUGAGGAUGACAGCGAGGCUCCCGAAUCAGACAACGAGUCGGUAGACAGUAUGCUUGCCUCAGACGACGAAGACGAGGAUGAAGAAAAGGACGGCGAACAAAAAGAGAGCCGCAUGAAGAACUCUCUCCCAACCGCCACAGAGCGUGCCACAGAGCCUACCCAGUCCACACGCAGCACAAAUCUGAGCCUCGCUCCUGAAGCACUGGCCGCCAAAUUCCCUACGCUCUUCACUGAGGGCCCGCCGCCCACCCCCAAAAUCCUCAUCACCACCGCUAUCAACUCCAAUCUCCACAACGAAGCCGAGAUCUUGACCGAUCUAUUCCCGAACAGCGUUUAUAUUCGUCGCACAGCGCACAGAUACUCGCACAAGUUCUCCAUCCGUGAGAUCUCCAAAUUUGCUACAAACCGCAACUUCACAACGGUGGUCGUGUUGCAAGAAGACCAGAAGAAGCCUAGUGGUCUGACGAUGGUUCACCUGCCAGUCGGCCCAACCUUCCAUUUCAGCAUCAGUAACUGGGUUGAGGGAAAGCGACUUCCUGGUCACGGCCGCGCCACCGAGCACUGGCCCGAGCUGAUCCUCAACAACUUCCGUACUCCUCUUGGUCUCCUCACCGCGCAUUUGUUCCGUGCUCUUUUCCCGCCUCAGCCAGAGUUCGAGGGCAGACAAGUCGUCACCCUGCACAACCAGCGUGAUUACAUCUUCGUCCGUCGUCACCGCUACGUUUUCCGUGAAAAGCGUGAGACCGAGAAGGCUGUUGUUGGUGCUGAUGGCAAGGAAAUGGAGGGUGCCCAGGGUAUCCGUACAGGUUUGCAGGAGCUGGGACCCCGGUUCACCUUGAAGCUGCGCCGUGUUGACAAGGGCAUCCAGCGUGCCAGUGGACAAGAGUGGGAGUGGAAGGGUGGAAUGGAGAAGCAGAGAACUUUGUUCCAGCUGUAA